AUAUAAUCAAAUCUGAAAAACCCUAGACAAAACCCCCAAAUUGAAGGCCUCUGCAGCCUUAAUCCCACUCGCGUAGAGCACAACGAAUCUACAACUUCCAAAUACUAAGGAUUAGAAAGAGAUGGUCUGGUUCCAGUGCGAGGAUUGCGGCGACAACCUUAAGAAACCCAAGCUUCCUACUCACUUCAGGCAAUGCUCUGCUUUCAAGCUAUCAUGUAUCGAUUGUGGACAAGUAUUUGGCCAGCAUGACGUUGAAAGCCACACUCAAUGCAUUACCGAAGCGGAAAAAUAUGGUCCAAAGGGUCAAGGAAAUGCAGGGAAUGGGAUGAAUACUAAGCCCAAAAAAGAUGCAAAGCAGAGACCAGAGGUUGACAUAAAUGUGGGAUUAUCUGAACGCCCUCCAUGGUUCUGUAGCCUUUGUAACACCAAGGCUACAAGUAAGCAAGCUUUGCUUCUCCACGCAGACGGGAAAAAACACAGAGCAAAAGCAAGAGGGUUCCAUGCAAAACAGCAGGGGAAUGAGACCGUAGAAACUAUUGUCUCUUCUGAAAACAAUGUAACAAAUAAUGUUUCUGUAAAUAAAGAAAUCAGUGGAUAUCUAAAUUCAUCUGUAGUUGAUCCCCCAUGUGACGGAUCUGGAGUGGAGAAUAAUUCUUUGGAAUCAAACAAGAAACGGAAACUCGAGGCAUCUGAAAAUUGGUGGAUGCCCCUAAGUUAUAAUAAAGAACUGCUUAUUGCUCGUGUUUAUUGUUCUUUUAGUACUUUAAGCCUUUGUAACACCAAGGCUACAAGUAAGCAAGCUUUGCUUCUCCACGCAGACGGGAAAAAACACAGAGCAAAAGCAAGAGGGUUCCAUGCAAAACAGCAGGGGAAUGAGACCGUAGAAACUAUUGUCUCUUCUGAAAACAAUGUAACAAAUAAUGUUUCUGUAAAUAAAGAAAUCAGUGGAUAUCUAAAUUCAUCUGUAGUUGAUCCCCCAUGUGACGGAUCUGGAGUGGAGAAUAAUUCUUUGGAAUCAAACAAGAAACGGAAACUCGAGGCAUCUGAAAAUGGUGAUGCUAACCACAAGACUGGAGUUGAUGUUUCUGCAGAACUAGGGAAUGGUAAGGUUAUUCAAGUCCAAGGACUAGAAAUAGAGGUAACAAAAAGCUCGAAGAAGGCCAAACUCAGUGCAAAAGAGGAACACGGUAAACUGGAUUCAGCUGCAGAAAAGGAUGCGAGCAAGAACAUUAAGUGGAAAAAGCUUAUUGUUUCAGCACUGAAAUCUAAUCCAGAUGGUGCAAUGAAACUUAAGAAGCUUAAGAAAUUUGUUGUGAAAUCUUUAAAGGAGUCUGGCUGUGUGGAAGACAAAAACCAAGCAACUGAGAUGAUUGAGCAAAAGAUCGAAUCAAGCUCAAGAUUUGUUGUGGAUGGAAAAUAUGUUCGCCUAGCCUCAACCAGCUGAGGAGGAUCCAUGUGUCUUCGUCAUAUAAAUUGAUGAAUUACCAAAUGGAUAUCAAAACUGCUGAAUUUGUAUUUCUGGCUUUUUUGUAUGGAUUUUUUUUUAAUUUUGUUUUUUAUUCGGGUUUCUACAUUCAGAUUUGCACCUCAAUGUGGGGUGAGGUGGACAUAUGAGGAAUUUAGGGGUAAUUUUGUGUUAUUUGGUAUCAUAAACUAUGUCAAAGAAGACCCCUGACUACAAUAUUGAUAUAAACGAAUUUCAGAUGACAGGUUUUGGUA